CUGUGGCCCACCCCACGCAUAGUCUCUAGCGUGGCAGGAAAGAUACGUAUUCCCAAUCUCUCAUCCGAGCCACACUUCCUCAAGCGAAAUGAGCACUUCUGCCAGGUGCAGCGCCACCUUCACACCAGAACCCCUCGGCGACAACUCACCCCAACAGCCAAGCCACCUCCCAAACCAACAGUACCUAUCCCAGGUACAAAACACUCACAACCGUAUGCGCCUUGACCCAGACAACUUACUUCCCGGGAUAUAAGAGCAAAGUUCACUUCGCUGUUGGACGAGUAUGACCACGUGUUCGACCCAAACAUCAAGGGCUACAACGGUGCGGAAGGUCCGUUCGAAGCAAGAGUCAACAUGGGACCUGUAGAACCCCCCAGCGGAAAGGCCGUCUACCACAGUAUGCCCGUCACCAGCUAGUGGAGCUCCAGCAGAAAUUUGACGAACUUGAAGCUUUGGGUGUCUUCAGUCGCCCAAGACAUAAAACAUCACGGUCGAGUACCUGAACCCAUCAUUUCGUCAAGAAACCCAAUGGUGGCUCCCCCCUAGUUACUGCAUUCGCUGAUGUCGGCCGCCACAGCAAGCCACAACCUUCACUCAUGCCAGAUGUGGACUCCACGUUGCGCCAUAUCGCCCAGUGGAAACACAUCAUCGCAUCGGACUUGACCAGCGCUUUUACCAAAUCCCCUCGCGUGCCUCCAUGAAGUACUGUGGGGUAGCUACCCCAUUCCGGGAGUGCGGCGUAUACACACGGUCGGCCAUGGGCAUACCCGGCUCAAACGGCACUGGAAGAACUUAUGUGUCGCGUCCUUGGUCACCUUUUUUAGAAGAAGGCGUCGUCGCCAAAAUCGCAGACGAUCUAUACUGUGGGGGAAACACGCCACAAGAACUCCUACGAAACUGGAGGAAGGUUCUAGCAGCCCUCCACAAGUGUGACCUCCGCCUCUCCGCAUCGAAGACGAUCAUCAAUCCUCGGUCCACAACAAUACUGGGAUGGAUUUGGAACGCUGGCACUUUAAGAGCAAGCCCUCACCGCAUCGCCACCCUCGCCUCGUGUCCUGAACCUGAAACCGUUGGCGCAUGCGAUCAUUCAUAGGAGCAUACAAGGUGCUCUCCCUGCGUAAUUCCGGGUGCUCGUCACUCCUUGCACAACUUGAUGACACCGUAGCUGGCCGCGAAUCUAAAGAACACAUACAAUGGUCAGACGACCUCCGAACCGUUCCUCCAUGCCCAGAAGCCCUCUCCACUGCUCGCACCAUUUCGCUACCCAAACCAAGUGACCAGUUGUGGAUUGUGACCGACGGGCGGUCCGUAAGCCUGGAAUAGGAGCCACGCUUUACGCCACCCGUGACAACAAACUUCAUUUGGCAGGGUUCUUUAGCACAAAGCUUCGGGCUCACAACCGACAUGGUUACCGUGUGAGGUGGAGGCCCUAGCUAUUGCCGUUGCCACCAAGCACUUCAGCCCGUACCUAAUCCAAUCCCUUCACAAGGCCUACAUCCUAACCGACAGCAAACCGUGCGUACAGGCAUUUGAAAAACUCUGUCGCGGGGAGUUUUCCGCUAGCCCUCGCGUCUCCACCUUUCUAUCAACUGUGAGUCGGUAUCAAGCGUCCGUCAGACAUGUAUCCGGAUCUGCGAUCCUACCCUCUGAUUUCGCCAGCCGCAACGCACCCCCUUGCGAAGACGAAGCCUGCCAGAUCUGCGCCUUCACAAAACUCACCCAAGACUCCGUUGUCAGAAACACAUCGGUACAGGAUAUACUGCGUGGUGAUGAGCGCCUACCCUUCACCAGCCGCACUGCCUGGUUAGCCAUUCAGGCCGAAUGUGCCGAUCUGCGGCGUACUCGCGCCCACUUACAACAAGGGACACGCCCUUCGAAGAAACUUACCAACAUAAAAGAUGUUAAAAGAUACCUGAACGUUGCUACCAUUGCAAACGAUGGCUUGCUCGUUGUCCGGCGUGAUGAACCCCUUGUACCUAGCCGCGAGUGCAUCAUUGUCCCUCGACAAGUGCUUGAUGGACUGCUGACAGCCCUACACAUACAGCUCACCCAUCCAUCGAGCCAUCAACUCCAAGCUGUAACCAACCGGUACCUAUAUGCCUUAGACAUACACAAGGCCAUCGACCGCGUGACCCAAGCUUGCCACAUCUGUGCCUCUCUACGCCAAACUCCGAAAAUGCGCGUGGAGCAGUCGUCCUGCCCCCCCCGACGCAGUUGGCGAUCAUUUGCCGCAGAUGUCAUCAGACGCUCAAGACAACUUGUGCUUGUACCACGUGAGUGCGUGACAUCGUUUACAGCCACAACCCUGCUGGAAGACGCGGCCGUCACAACACUCUGCGCGACGCCUUAUCCGCCUUUGUGUCCAACUACGUCCACUAGAUGGACCAACAGCCGUCAUAAUGCCGACCCAGCCCCAGGAUUCAAAGCACUCAGGGAUGAUCAACUACUGAAACACCACAGGAUCACCCUUGAGAUCGGCGACGCCAAAAACAGAAACAAGAACCCUAUUGCAGAGCGGGCAGUACAGGAGGUAGAAAGCGAACUACUCCGCCAUGAUCCACUAGGGCGGUCCAGUAAACCACGUGCAACUCGCCGUGGUCACAGCCAAUCUAAACGCGCCCGGCUCACGUGGUCUUUCCGCAAGAGAGAUGUGGACCCAACGUGAUCAGUUCACAAACCAGCAGAUCCCCUACAAGACCAGGACAUCAUCCUCGACAACAUACACAACGGUUGUCUAACCACCCCACAGUGAGAAGUCCAAGACACCUAUCUCAAAGAGCACCCCCACUGACCGCGUUGCUGUAGGUGAUUUAGUCUACCUCUAUGCCGAUCGGAACAAGACCAGAGCCCGCGAUCGCUACCUUGUCGUAGAAAUAACCGGCUCGUUCUGCAACGUCAAGAAAUUCAUUGGCUCCCAACUCCGCAGCACGUCUUACCGAGUGAAGAUGUCUGAGUGCUAUCGAGUCCCAUCCGAAGUCGUGAACCACAGACCACCUGCUCCCAAUAGGGACGCAGACUCAUCAUCUGACGAAACUCCACAAACACAGCCAGAACCACCGCCCCCGCCAAACAUUCCGUGCGCGAUCUCGACACCUUCUACCCAGGAAAUCCCCCACCUUGAUGACUUCCCUACCAGCCACGAUGAGUCUCACGAUACCGUGACCGUGACCCACCCUGAUGAACCCAGAGACCCCUAUGCUAGUGACAGCGAAUCAGAUGCCCCCCCCCCUCCUCGCCGAUCCACACGUGAGCGACGCCGACCCGCACGUUUUGAGGACUUUGAUAUGGAUUAA